GGGGCUUGGAGGGGCUCAGAUAUGAUUUUACGUGAGGAGGGGACGGUACGGCGGCGACUCCCGGAGGCCAUUUUAAACUCUCCGCCUUGUGCCGAGUGGAUUUUUCUGUCGAUUUUGUGAAGGAGAGAAGAGGAGGAGCCAGCACGAGGACGGAGAGGAGCAGGAAGCACGUGAUUAAGUGUGUGAGCGAGUGUGAAAAUCUGUGCCGUGGUGAAGCCGAGAGAGAGAGGGAGGGAGAGAGAAAAAGUGAGAGAGUGAGAUAGAGAGAGAGAGAGAGCAAGGAGGAAACAUUGCAGUGAGUGAGGAUUUAAACUUAACCUCAGAGGACUUAAAAUCUUCCUUCUCUCUUCUCUUCUUCUUCCUCCUUAUUCUAAAAAAAAAAUCAAGGAGAGAAACGGAGGGAAAAGUGGAGGAAAAACGGAUGAUUGGAGAGACGGAGAGAAGGGAAGAAGAAAGGAGAGACAAGACGAAGAAGGAGCCAACGACUCAGCGAAAACCAAACACCACCAAACCAAACCCGCAGACGAAGGAAAAUCAUUAUAUAAACAAAUAGAAAAGAAAACAAAAAGUGCCCCAAAACUAACAUUCAGGAACCGAUAUCAGAAGAAAAACUAGUUGGCGAAGAAACAACGACUCAGCGAAAACGUAAAAACACUCAACCAGAAAAAGUGGAAAAUAAACAGGAACGAAAACGAAAAGAAAAACACGUAUAUGUAAACCAAGCCAUUUCCAAACACUUAAACCCGAAAAGAACCAUCAUCCCAGCGCAAACCAAACCCUGAUCUCUACCCCCCAAAAAACAAUCCCACAUACAACCAGAAACAAGAAAACCGUGAAAACAGCAACAAUAUCCAGCAGCAACCCAGUCCAAGCUUUCACCAUACCCAAUCACCCCUCACUCACCACCUCCUGACCCCACCAAAAUCUCACCACCACCACCAACCACCCCUUGAACUCUGACCUCUUGACCCACCGUUGACCAUGACCACGGGGGCCACGCUUCCCUUCCACCUGGGCUAUAGAAUGUCAGGCAGAAGAUUGUUCAACACAGACCCAGCCCCACAAGCAGCCCAAGUCAGGAAGAACCUUUUCGGGCCCAUCAACCACGAAGACAACCUCAAGUUCGUGCAAGAUGAGCUUAGCAAGAUUAGUCAAGCGGAUUGCAAGCGCUGGAACUUCGAUUUCAAGAAGGAGGAGCCCAAGGAAGGGAGGUACUCGUGGAAGAAAGUGGAGGAUAAGGUGGAGAUGAGUUUUAGCCUCCCUGAUAUGGCUACUACUACAGCUACUACCACGAUCCCAGCAUCUCUCCAUCAGCAAGAUUUAUCUCCGGAUGCUUCUUCUUCAGUAGCAUCUUCCUCCUCCUCCACCUCCAAUCUUCCUCUUCCUCCUCCUCCUCCUCCCCCACCCAAGAGGCUAUCCACCACCUCCUCAUCAUCAUCAUCGUCCUCCUCCUCGUCGCCGUCUCCGAACGCAUCACCAACACCUCCACCGCCACCUCCAGUAACUGAAAUCACCACCACCACCACUACCAUCACCUCCACAACCACCCCCUCCCCGUCCCCCAUCACCACAAGGGAAGAUGAUGGUGGUGAGGGUAUCUUCACCACCGCACGCAUCACCACCACCACCACCACCAGCAGGCCGAGAAAAGCUGAUCUCAACACCACCACUACCACCAGUAAGGACAGCGGUGGUGGUGGAGGUGGCGACAGGGGCGGUGGUGAGGUGGUAGUGCUGAAGAAGGUGGUGGUGAUGGAGCCGAAGGAGCAGCAGGAGGAUCAUCACUACCACCUUUCAUCACCACCCAAGCGAUGUACGAGGCAAAGUCAUCACCAACAACACCAGCAGACUUCUAUUUCUGCGUACCUGCCGAUCAGACGGAGGGGCAGCAAGCGACCGCCCCCGAAGAUGGACGCCGCCGCCACGCCCCCGCCCCCCCUCAAGAGACCGCGCGCCCCCCACCAGCCCUCCUCCUCCUCAUAACCCCCGCCCCCUCCAGCACUCCACUAGGAAAGAUGGAACCCGCAACCCUUUCCCCCAAAUUUUCACUUGACCCCCAUAUACCCCCCCCCCCUCCUCUUUGGAAACGCCCCCUCCCCUUAAUCCCCAGCCAUACCCUUCUCCAUUUCCCUUCUAAAUCCCCAACUCCCCCCCCCCUCUUGAAUCAUCCCCAAUCCCCUUAUUUUUUUUUUUUUUUACCCCCAUUCCCCUUCAGCCCUCCCUCUCCCCCUUUCCCCAAUAUACAAGAUCUCACUCCCCCUCCUCCUCCUCCCCACAUAUUUUCCCUUCCCCUCCCCCUCUCCCCCCUCGCCCCCCCACCAAGGGCGCCAAAAUACAAACAUUUAUGAUCUCAGUUUGUUUGUUUGUUUAAGUUUGUUUUUUUGUGUGUAAAUAGAAAUGACUUUUCUUUUUUAUUUUAUUUAUUUUUUUCAGUCUUAUUAUUAUUUUUUAUUAUUCUUUUCAUAUUAUUACUAUUAUUAUUAUUAUUAUUAUUAUCAUUAUUAUUUGUGUACAUAUGUAUGGGUGUGUGCGUUUGUGCGUGCAUUUGUUCACUGCCGCAUUCACCCAAGUUUGAUCUCAAAUUCCUUUUAUUUUAUUUUUUUCGACAUUUUUUUCUUAGUAAGUAAUUAUUUCACAUCUAUUAAUCUCUCUCUCUCUCUCUCUCUCUCUCUCUCUCUCUCUCUCUCUCUCUCUCUCUAGGGGGCUUCGUGGUGCAGUGGUUAGCACACUCGGCUCACAACCGAGAGAGCCCGGGUUCGAUUCCCGGGCGGAGUGGAAAAAUUUGGGCGGCUUUUCCGAUACCCUACGCCCCUGUCCACCCAGCAGUGAAUGGAUACUAGGUAUUAAUCGGGGGUUGUGUCCCGUCUCCUGGGAUCUGUUCCCUUCUAUAAUUCCUUCCCCUCCUGUCCCUCUCCGGCAUAUGACCACAGAUGUUGCGCCGACUAAACGAAACUUUCCAACUUUUUCUCUCUCUCUCCUCCUCCAGAGUACAAAAUUUCUAAGUGUCAUUAUUUAUGUGAAGAAUCUUUAUGAAUAUUUAUUAAAUCUUUCCCCUCCUCUGCCUCCCCCCUCCCCCCAGAAAUGAUCUCAGCCCCAUCCCUCCCCACUACUCCCUCCUCCUCCUCCUUCCCCCCAUUCCCCUCUUCUUCCUCUUCCUCGUCUUCUACUUUCUUCGUCUUCCUCUUCCUCCUCUUCUUCCUUACCUGUUUCGUAGUAAUUAAUUUUAGUCACAGUUAAUUAACCCAACCAUACCUGUACUCCCCGAACCCUUCCCCACCAUCCCCAACUUGUUACAUCAUCUCCUUUCCCUUCCCCAACCCUUCAUACCCAUUCAGUAACCCUUCCUCGCCUUACCUUACAUUCUCCAUCCUUCCCAAAUUAUCCCCACUUCUUCCCCUUCACUCCCCAACCUUCCCCAGCCAAUAUGUAAUCCUUGCCCAUCUUCCCCAACCUUCUCCAGCCAAUAUGUUACCCUUGCCCUUCUUCCCCGACCUUCCCCAGCCAAUAUGUAAUCCUUGCCCUUCUUCCCCAACCUUCCCCAGCCAAUAUGUAAUCCUUGCCCUUCUUCCCCAACCUUCCCCAGCCAAUAUGUAACCCUUGCCCUUCUUCCCCAACCUUCCCCAGCCAAUAUGUAAUCCUUGCCCUUGUAACCCAACCUUCCCCAGCCAAUAUGUAACCCUUGCCAUUCUUUCCCGACCUUCCCCAGCCAAUAUGUAACCCUUGCCCUUCUUCCCCAACCUUCCCCAGCCAAUAUGUAAUCCUUGCCCAUCUUCCCCAACCUUCCCCAUCCUAUCCUUCCAUUCCCCCAACCCUUCCAGGCCAAUAUAUAACCCUUCCUUUCCUUCCCCAAUAUUCCCUAUCCUUACCCACCUCUUACCCAUCGCUUCCGGCAUUAGUUCUGUACAGUUCCGUUUUUUUGUUUUUUUGUUGGUUAACCGCUUCCACGCCAUACAAUAGUUGAGAUUGCCAGUCUGUUCACACACACACACACACACACACACACACACACACACACACACACACACACACACACACACACACACACACACACACACACACACACACACA